UCCACAUGCCAUCAGCCAGAUGUCGCUACUAGUAAAUAAAACCACCACUACAAAAAUAUUCUUGCAUUCAGCACAAACUAAAAUUCAGAAAGACAACAAAUAACCUGUGUGGUAUUUAACCAAAGAAUUUCCAUCAUUUUAAUAAAAACAAAAAAAAAAUACUUAAAUAAAUUAUUAAAUAAACAAAUUUGACAUUUCAAACUCCGUCUGGGAGUACGACGAUAGAGUGUGAAAUGAAAUAAACUAAAUUAUAAAUCCAUCCGCUUUAACAGUAGGAUUCUCCAAGAGGAAAAAUUCACCCAAAAUGGCAUUCUUGUGUCCCGUCAGAAUACGGCGAGGAAAAAAGAAAAAAUCUUCCAACAACGACGUGGAUAAGGAACUCUCGCGGCCGGGAUCGGGACUGGGGCUUAAUCAUGGCAUGGGACGGAUCACUGGCUCAGCCAGUAUUGAGACACUUGUUCGGGUGGGAAUCGAAAAGGAGCAUGGACUUAGUCCAGAUUCGAAAAUGGUUGUACUGCAUGAUUUCACACCGUGCGUCGAUGAUGAGUUGGAAGUGAAACGAGGGCAAAUAGUAAACAUACUCUACCGAGAAAAUGACUGGGUGUAUGUCAUCGGGCAGGAUACUCGACAGGAGGGCUUCAUACCACACUCGUAUUGUGCUCCCUACAACACCCAGUUAGCUGAUUUAGCCAUAAAAAAGAAGCUGCCUAGAGAUCAGAGUCUGCCCAAUGAUUUGACCGAGGGCAUCCAUAGUGAUGCCCUCAAAUUGGAACUCUUAGAUGAUCCACUACCACAAUUGGGCAUAAUUGGUGGAGGCGGAGGCAUGGGCGGUGGUGGAGGUGGAGGUAGUGGAGGUUUGAGCAAUGGAAUGCAAUCCCCGUUAAAAAACUCACAGGCGAGUUUAAGCUCGGAGCCGGAUUUCUUGCCGUUUGCCAAAGAUCCCAGUGGUCGAUACAUCGUCCUGUACACAUUUAUAGCCCGCGACGAGAAUGAUGUAUCGGUGGAGCGGGGCGAAUUUGUCACAGUUCUAAAUCGAGAAGAUCCCGAUUGGUAUUGGAUUGUGAGAAGUGAUGGCCAAGAAGGUUUCAUUCCAUCGGGCUUCGUUUAUCCAGCUGAUAGUGUAUUACAAACUAAGCCUUUAGGAGGACAAAGUCCGGCUAAGCACCUGAAUCCUGAUUUAUGUGCAAACAAUGGAUUAGUGAGUAACAACAAUAAUAAUAACAAUCCCUUGCAAAAUGGUCAAAUCGGACCACCUAGUAAUACACAAAAUGCCGCUGCGAUAGUCGGCGGCGGCGGUGGUGGUGGUGUCGGCAAUGGGCAAAUGACACAGUCAAUGAAUAACAACUGUGGAACACUACAAACAGGUGGAGGCGGCAACGGAGGUGGUCCGCCUCAACAGCUUGGAGUCGGAGCCGAUGAUUUGAGAUAUCAUGGAACUGAAUUGGUCAUGUUGUAUGAUUAUAAGGCACAAGCACCUGAUGAUUUGUCCGUUAGACGUGGCGAUUGGAUAUAUGCUGACCUUAACAAUCAAACAGUAGACGGUUGGCUAUGGGCCUAUGCGCCGAAAACUCGCAAAUACGGCUUCAUACCAAAAGCCUAUGCUCGUCCACCAGCCAUGACAAGUCUUUAGACUCUAGAUAGAUACUAUAAAUUAUAUCUUUCAACAUAAUUAUUUAAGUUAUUAAAAACAAAAAAGACACAAAAAUAAAAAG